AUGAAUCACAGGGUGUGUUUCACCUGGGCGAUAUGUAAGGAGAGGGAGAAGAAUGUAUACCCUUUUUACACGCAACCCAUUCGUGACGAAUUCUACGCAGGUGCCCUGCUCGGAUCGGACGUCGGCGCUAAAUUAGCAGCGGAAGGGCCGUGGACAGGUUCGGCAUCCCCCUCAAAUGUGAGCAGUAACUAUACAGACGCAAAAAAGUUACCCUUCGACCGGGGGAGUGAUAGGGGCAUUUCUCCUGAAUAUUCGUCUGACGUAGAAGCAGAUGGUGCAGUACAACACCACACACCAGAUGUGCCUCCACGAAAUGCAGACGAUGCUGCAGGGCGAGGUCAACCUCCGCAGCAGGUUGAGCACACGCUUAACCCUGUCACAAGCGUUGCGCCUGGCCUCGCCAGCAAUCUGAGCGAGGUAGAAGUUAGAUCCGCACUGCUUAAAGAUCACGAUGGAGUGAAAGUGACAGGAACGUGCAAUGCGAAGUUCCAGUUGUUCCUCGUUCCACAUAUAUCAAUAAGUGUCGAGGCGGAGAGUAACACAAUUCAGAUAGGUCGAAAGUUAGAAGACGUGACGAUGACGAAGGAAUUUUACAAGGGGGACAGCGACUCUUCUGAGCGAUUACAAUUUGAGGAGAAUGCGGAUUUGCUCGUCAACAAAUGCGCAGAGGGGAAGACGUUUAAAUUUGUAGUGAUCAUUAAGGGGGAAGAGCUGAUCCUCAAGUGGAAGGUGUACGAAGAAGUUCCUUCAGCAACAGACAACAACAAAACAGACGUGAGGAAAUACAUGCUGAAGAACUUGGGGAGUCCAAUCACGGCGAUACAAGUGCACAGCGGGAAGGAGAACAACGACGUUUUCUUGUUGGAGAGCAAAGCGUACUUCUUACGGCAGGACAUUCCUAACACGUGCGAGGAGAUCGCCACCAACUGCUUCCUCAGCGGAAAAGUAGAUAUAGAAGGAUGUUACAAGUGCACCUUAUUGUCCGAAAACACUGAAUUGAGCAACCGCUGUUUUAGUUACCUCCCACCCGAUGUUAAGCGUAACUAUGAACAGAUAAAAAUUAAGGCGCAGGAUGAAGGUGACCCGGAAGAAUCCCAACUAAAAGAGUUAAUCGGUAGGAUCCUCCAAGUGGUGCAAAAAAUGGGGGAAAAUAACACCCACACGAAAGGAGAAACCAAAGUACAAUACCCAAAUGAUAAUUUGAAGGAACUCCUUCUAAGUUACUGCCAAGUGAUGAAGGAGGUUGACACGAGUGGAACCCUUCAACAGCACGAACUAGGAGACGAAAUGGAUAUGUUAAGCAAUUUAAGAGAUCUAUUAAGAAAGCAUUCCAAUGAGGAGAUACCUGCAUUACGAGAGAAGUUAAAAAAUCCUGCCAUCUGUUUGAAAGAUGCAGGGAAGUGGGUACUGCAAAAACGCGGACUGGAGUUGCCUCCUUUUCAGUACAAGCAUUUACAAAGGAGGGUUACUACUCCUGUGGAUUCGCAAGAGCAGAAUAAAUCAACAGACAAAAAAAGCGUUGUAAAAGGUAUGCACAUCCCUGGCUACCGCGCUGUUAUUGACCUUUCCCAAAAAAGCGAGAUGAACCAUUCGAAUCUCUCAGGGGACAUGUUUUGCAAUGAAGACUACUGUGACCGAUGGAAGGAUAAAAAUAGUUGCUUCUCAAGCAUAGAGGCAGAAGAACAAGGCAACUGCAACCUCUCUUGGCUGUUUACAUCUAAGACUCAUCUAGAAACGAUUAGAUGCAUGAAGGGGUAUGAGCAUGUGGGUUCUUCCGCUUUGUACGUAGCUAACUGCUCCAAGAGGGGAAAUGAAAGUAGAUGCACUUCUGGAUCGAAUCCGUAUGAAUUUCUCACCAUCGUUGAAGAAAAUGGGUUCUUACCACCCGCGUUGUUGCUGCCCUAUUCCUAUAGACACGUCGGAAAUGAUUGCCCCAAGCAGGACGAUCAUUGGCAGAAUCUGUGGGAAAAUUUGAAACUUUUAGAACCCUCAGAUGAACCCAAUUCGAUAAGCACCAAAGGGUACACAUCAUACGAAAGCGACGACUUCAGGGGGAACAUGGAGGCGUUUGUCAAUCUGGUGAAGCGCGAGGUGAGGAGCAAAGGAUCCGUUAUGGCUUAUGUCAAAGCGCUAGGCGUCCUAGGUUACGACAUGAACGGGAAGGAGGUGCACAGCCUGUGCGGCGAUAAAACACCAGAUCACGCAGUGAACAUAAUUGGGUAUGGUAAUUACAUAAACGCGGAGGGAUUGAAAAAAUCCUAUUGGUUUAUGCGAAACAGUUGGGGAAAAUACUGGGGAGACGAGGGAAACUUCAAGGUCGAUAUGUACGGUCCAGCCCAUUGUCAACACAACUUCGUCCACACCGCCGCUGUCUUCAAUGUGGACGUGCCCGUCGCGGAGAACCCUUCCAAUAGGGAGGCCCACUUAUACAAUUACUACCUGAAGAGCUCCCCUGACUUUUUGGGAAACAUUUACUAUAAGAACAUCGGUCGUAAGAGCGCUGCGACAGGGAAGGACCAAACAGACAGGAAUCAAGGUUUGCCUCUGCAAGGGCAGGAUGAACAGAGCGAGAUCCUGGAGGACAGCAACCCCUCGAAAACUGCUAACCCAGUUGAAGAACCGAAAGGGGAGCGAGAAGAUGCAUCAAAGGGGGGGGAUGCGGGGAAACGCAGCUCUGAGGAUCCCCCAAUAGAGGUAGUUAACGAGGAGCUAAUAUCCGAAUCGCCAUUAACGCCCAUUCCGCAGGUAGCACUGAGAGAAGUUCAAGUUGAGGCAAAUCCUGCGCCGCCUUUAAUCGUUGCAGCGCCUCCCCCGCUAGGGGGGGACGCGCUGCUUGUUCGAGAUGGCACUGACGAGCAAAGCACAGAAACUGCAACCGUUGAAGUGAUGCACAUUUUAAAACACAUUAAACAUGGAAAGGUAAAAUUGGGAAUAGUUACAUACGGCGAUUAUAGUGGCAUUUCUGGGGACCAUAGCUGCUCCAGAUCGUUAGCGCAGGAUUCAGAGCAACUAGCCGAGUGCAUACAGUUUUGCCACGACGAGUGGCCUAAUUGUAGAGAUGAGGCUUCUCCUGGGUACUGUCUAGCGCAACGCAGGAAGACUGGCGAUUGCUUUUUCUGCUACGUAUAG